CGGAUAUCCUAGAAGCUACAUACGCUUACAUUGAGUUCAAGUUUUGAAGACUAGAUAAGAAACACAAAAACGUAAGACUUUAGUCAGGUAUCAUGAGCAAGCGAAAGUCGAGGGAAACCCACAUGACAUCUGGAGAAUGUGUCUCUCAGGUCCAGAGAAUAUUACGGGAACGAUUUUGUCAUCAAGGUCUUCCAGAGAAACCAGUGGGAUUGGACUCACAGUACAAGCACCUGCUGGAGCUACUGAAGAGGACAGCUGUGCAUGGGGAGAGUAACUCAAUCCUCAUUGUUGGACCUAGAGGAACUGGAAAAACAAUGCUCCUUAGCUGUGUCUUGAGAGAGCUGAUGGAUAUAAACGAAGUGCAGAAGAAUUUGCUCCAGGUUUAUUUGAAUGGCUUACUGCAGACUGACGACAGAAUCGCACUUAGAGAAAUCACACGACAGCUCAAUCUUGAGAACGUUGUGGGUGACAAAGUUUUUGGCAGUUUUGCAGAGAAUCUGGGCUUCCUCCUUGAAGCACUCAGGAAAGGUGACAGAGGUAGCAGUCAGCCUGUGCUGUUUGUGCUGGAUGAGUUUGACCUGUUUGCCCAUCAUAAGAAUCAGACACUACUCUACAACUUGCUGGAUGUGUCCCAGUCUGCCCAAGCCCCCGUGGCUGUGGUUGGCCUCACAUGUCGGCUGGAUGUGCUGGAGCUCCUGGAGAAGCGGGUCAAAUCCAGAUUCUCUCACAGGCAGAUUCUGGUUGCCAGUUCGUUGACUUUUGGACAGUAUCUUGACAAUGUGCGAUCACAACUCAGUCUUCCCCAGGACUUCCCUGAUGCCAGGUUUGGUCAGGAGUGGAACGACAGCGUGGCAAAAUUAUGUGAAGACAAGUCAGUGGAAGAGAUUUUACAGAAACAGUUUAACUCCAGCAAAGAUUUCCGCUCGCUGCACUUACUGCUGUUGCUGGCUCUUAGCCGUGUAAACGUGUCCAGUCCUACCCUCAGAGCGGUUGACCUGUUGGAAGCCAGUCGCUUGUGCACUGUGGAUGCCAAAGCAAACAUGUUACAUGGUCUGUCCAUUUUGGAGUUGUGCCUAAUCAUUUCUAUGAAGCACUUAAAUGACAUCUAUGAUGGUGAACCUUUUAACUUCCAGAUGGUUCACAAUGAAUACAAGAAAUUUAUUCAAAGGAAAUCCAAUUCAGUUCAUAAUUAUGAGAAGCCCGUCAUUCUGAAGGCGUUUGAGCAUCUUCUGCAGUUGGAGCUGAUUAAGUUGGUGGAUGGCUCCAGCAGUAAGACUCAAAGAGAAUACCAGCUGGUCAGAUUGCUCCUGGACCAUGGCCAGAUUAUGGAGGCCCUACAGAGAUACCCACAGUGCCCCACAGAUGUCAAACAGUGGGCUGUGUCCAGCCUGGCCUGACGCUCACACACAGCACUGGUGUUGUGUUCAGAAGAGACA